AUGGCGGCGGCGGCCACACGGGCGCGGCGCGUUGGUGACUGAGCUGCGAGCCUGGCUGUCGUGCGCCGAGCCACGGCCCGGCCCCCGCGUGCGCCCCCCGGGCUCUGCACCCCUGAUGCUGCGCGGGUGCUGAGCCCGCCCAGGCCGGGACGAUGGUGAAGUAUUUCCUGGGCCAGAGCGUGCUCCGAAGUUCCUGGGACCAAGUGUUCGCCGCCUUCUGGCAGCGGUACCCGAACCCCUACAGCAAACAUGUCUUGACGGAAGAUAUAGUACACCGGGAGGUCACCCCUGACCAGAAGCUUCUGUCCCGGAGACUCCUGACCAAGACCAACAGGAUGCCCCGCUGGGCGGAGCGACUGUUUCCUGCCAACGUUGCUCACUCGGUAUACAUCCUGGAGGACUCGAUUGUGGACCCACAGAAUCAGACCAUGACCACCUUCACCUGGAACAUCAACCACGCCCGGCUGAUGGUGGUGGAGGAACGGUGUGUUUACUGCGUGAACUCCGACAACAACAGCUGGACGGAAAUCCGCCGGGAAGCCUGGGUCUCCUCCAGCUUGUUUGGUGUCUCCAGAGCUGUGCAGGAGUUCGGUCUUGCCCGGUUCAAAAGCAAUGUGACCAAGACGAUGAAAGGCUUUGAGUACAUCCUGGCCAAGCUACAAGGUGAGCCCCCUUCCAGAACAUUUGUGGAGACAGCCAAGGAAGCCAAGGAGAAGGCCAAGGAGACGGCACUGGCAGCUACAGAAAAGGCCAAGGACCUCGCCAACAAGGCCGCCAGCAAGCAGCAGCAGCCGCAGCAGUUUGUCUAAUCGCCCAGCCACACCCCGCCCUCCCCUUAAUUCAUGAUUAAAAAUCAACUUCAGUCCUCUGUGCUGUCUGGGUGGUGGGCUGGGGCAGGGGUCCCGCAUGGCCACUGUGACACGCCAGGCCGUGUCCGUGUCCACGCCGGGCCUGCAUGUCCUCCCAGGGCCGCUGCAGGUGUGUGUGAUUUGCCGAGGGGGUACAGAAGGCUAGACUGUGCGCCCCGCGAGGGCAGGCGCCUUGCUUUUCUCUUAUGUGUCCCAAGUACCUGAAACAAUAGCUAGCACAUCACAGGCGCUCAAUAAAUACCUUUCAAUUCA